AGUUAUGACCCUUUUGUGAUUUAUGACUAUAUGUAGUUUGUACGGUGUUUUGAAAUUUCUUAGCCUCCAGGUUGUAAUAGGGCAACAAUUUGUUGUUCCUUCAUACUCAAAGGUAUCAUUGCAUCCACAACCAACUAAGCAGGAUAGUGAUGAGGAGCUGGAGUAUGCUGACGAUAGCGGUGGGGUUGUAGAAAUUUUAUCAAUCACAAGUACAUUGGAAGGGUCAAAAGAGGCGAUGACAUCCCAAUUAUUGGAGAAACAAAGUUGGCCUACUUAUGAGGUGGGGUUGGAUAUGUUUGGUCAGUAUGUGAAGGAAGCCAUGAAGAAGAAUGGAGACAUUCAAUUGCACCAAUUCCUGCAGAUAAGCUUGCCGAGGCAAUGCAAACUACUGACGAUGAUCUGGAGUUGUUAACCCAUGAUGGCAUUGUUCUCCCAA